AUGUCAGAAUGUUACUCCAGUCAAUGCCAGCAGGAUCGAAAAUUCCUUCGAAAAGAAUUUCGUAAAUGGACGAGAAAUGUUUUGCUUCAAGUUGGUCUAGAAACAGUAUCCAAAUAUCAUUACGAGUGUGAUAUCAACGUAUUUUAUCAAUUAGAUGAAAAACGAACUCCAAUUGAUUUCGAUCCAAAUGAAAUAUGUUCGUUCUGUGUCAAUCGACAAAUGUGUAGGUCAGAUACGCAACUUGCUCAUAUUGAUGAAUUUAACAAGAAAUUCAAUUCUCCGGCGGAAAUCAAUCCAAAUCUAUAUUCAUCAUACUUGUUCUCAACUUAUUAUCCGGAAGAUUUACUUCGGUUCAACCACACAAAUUCGAUUUAUGCAUCUCUAUCGUCACUGAAUAGUUCUCCUGGUCCAAUCGUCGAACAAUCAAAUUCGUCGAUAUGUGAUAGACAUAUUACUAAGUUGGUUAAACAAAUGGUUCAUCUACGAAUGAUGGAAGAACUGGAAUCUCAACGUAAUGCUGUUCCCAACAUAAUCUCUCAUCGACCAAUAUUGAUUUCAUCCGAAUCGAUGAAUGUUAAUCAUAUACUUAAACGUGUUAUGAAGAAAAUCUUAACUCCAAUAGUCAACAAGCAACAAUAUACAGAUAAUAUCAACAUCCGCAACCAGGAACAUUGCGAGUACAAAGAUCUACAUGGUCGGCCGCUAUCGAGCACAUCAAGCACAUCUUCGAGUCGUUCUUCGUUAGUUAAAACAAGAUUGUGUAAACAAACUCGAGAGCCAACGAAAAAUACCAAGAACCAAGUUCGUUUGAAACGAGGUCAUUAUCGUCAUUGUAAAUCGGAACAAUUAAGGAGAGCAAUGUCAGCUGUUUUACAUGACCAAAUGUCAGUACCCAAAGCCGUUUCUUGUUUCGGUGCACCUCAUUCAACACUAGAAUAUAAAGUGAAGGAACAAUUAGUUGAGACUUCGAUAAUGACCAAUGAUACCAGUGAGAUGAUCUAA